AUGAGAAGAGUGGUUGCUCGUCAUAACAACAGAGUAAUUAGUCAACAGAUCGCUCAUGUUGACACUGAUUUCAGCAAGUCCAAUCCUAUCAACUACAGCAAACACUCAAUGUACUUUGGAACCUGGAAUGUUUUAUCUUUAGUCAGCUCAUCUUCACAGCUUUAUCAACUCAGUCAGAACAUUGAUCACUACAGUCUUGAUAUUUUGGGUAUUACUGAAACUCAUAUGCCAGGAUCUGGAAGUACACUUUUGGACAAUGGUAGUCUACUUAUUCAUUCUGGUAGGGGAGAUGGUAUCAAAAGGCAAGGGGUUGGCCUAUGUCUUUCCAAAAAGGUCAGGAACUCCCUGAUCUCUUAUGUACCUACAUCAGAGCGGGUCUUAACAGCUAGGUUACACGGCAAACACCUCAACAUAUCUGUUGUUGUAGCCUACGCUCCGACUGACGGUGCUGAUGACGGAGAGAAAGAUCGUUUUUACAACGUUUUAUCAGACACGUUUGGUGAACUGCCCCGACAUGAUCUGAAACUGCUACUGGGUGACUUCAAUGGAAAAGUUACUUCAAACAGAUAUGGAUUCGAGGGAGUUAUUGGUGGAGAAUCUCUCCAUAGUUCAUCAAGCGACAAUGGGACCAGGCUCAUGGAUUUCUGUGCAGCCAAUCAACUUGUUAUCGGUGGAACUCUGUUCCAGCAUAGAGACAUCUACAAGGGUACAUGGCGGUCUCCCAACGGGUUAACUGUGAAUCAAAUAGAUCAUAUUUGUAUUAGUGGACGAUUCCAACACUCGCUACUCGAUGUUAAUGUAUGUCGUGGGGCGGACAUUGGUUCAGAUCACUAUCUUGUUCGUGGACGGCUGCAAAUCAAACUGCAGUCGGUAGCUAAGAUCACUGCUAAAAGGCACGAUGUGCCUGCUAUCGAACAUUUGCGAAACUCGUCUAAGAUUCAAGAGUACAACGUGGCUCUUCAGAACCGUUUUGAUUGUCUGGCUAAUGAGGUCAACCUUGAGGACAUGUGGGAUAAUUUCAAGCAGACAGUCACUGAUGUCUCGAUGGAAGUGCUUGGAAAGCGUCCCCGGAAGGUUAAAGAACAACACCUUUCGCAAACCUCUAAGAACUUGAUAGAGCAACGGGGACAGUGGCUUAAGAAAAGUUGUAAAAUUGACGACAACAACUGGGCUACUAAAAUAGCGACUGAUCUAGAGGAGGCUUCUAAGAAAGGCCAGCAAAGGGAAGUUUGGGAUAAGAUAAAGACGAUUUCUGGGAAAAAGAAGAAGAAAGUGGGUAUGUCAGUUAGGGAUAAGGAUGGUCAUUUUAUUACAGACCCGGACAGUCAGAAGGAAAGGUGGAAGGAGCACUUUACUGAGCUCUUAAAUCCUCCACUAUCGGAUGCCAAUCUUGAUGACCUCGAUGGUGUGCCCUCACAACCGAGUUUUGACUACCUUUCUUGUUCUGAUGGACCUCCUUCUAGAGAUGAGAUUAGUUAUGCUCUAAAGAAACUGAAGAACUGCAAAAGUGCAGGGGUUGAUGAGAUAACUAAUGAACAACUUAAGUAUGGUGGAAGUGCUCUUGUUGGCCAACUAGAGCUACUGUUUAAAAAGGUAUGGGAGGAAGAGGUGAUCCCUGAGGAUUGGCUUAAAGGUGUUAUAGUGGUUAUCGGAAAGAAGGGAGACACCUCAUACUGCUGCAAUAAUAGGGGUAUAACUCUUAGGGCAACGUCUUCUAAGGUUCUUCAAAUGGUUCUUCUUAAGAGGCUGGAUGUUGGAAUGGAGUGUCUUCUUAGGGAAAAUCAGUGUGGGUUCAGACGGAACCGCUCAUGUAUUGAUCAGAUUUAUUCCAUCCGCACCAUUAUUCACAACUGCAUUGAGUUUAACAUUCCACUUUAUGUUAAUUUCAUUGAUUUUAAGGCAGCGUUUGAUUCCAUCAGAAGAGAGUUUAUCUGGUCAAGCAUGAGACACUAUGGACUUCCUGAGAAAUAUGUUAGAAUCUUUCAGGCAUUCUUCAACGGAACCAUGAGUGCUGUCAGGGUGAAUGGUGAAAUGUCUGAUUGGUUCUCUGUUAAUUCGGGCACUGGACAGGGUGAUAUCCAGGGCCCUCCUGUAUUUAAUUUCUGUCUGAACUUUGGAAUCUUUUUGGCCGAGGUUCACAAGGCAAUCAGUCAUGGUGCUGUACUGCAAAAGGAACUAAAGGGUGCAGAUGAAAAAGUUAUCAUGGAUAGUGACUACGCUGAUGAUCUGGCAGUGAUGGACAAUACUGAAGAAGGGCUGCAAGAGUCCACUGAUCUUAUAGCUUAUUACACCUCUUAUGCUGGGUUGAAGAUCAACGCUAAAAAGACACAAUGCAUGGCGAUCAGCAAGUGUGCGUCCCAGCGACCUUACACCGAAAGAGACAGUAUAAAGCUAACAGUGGAGGGAGAACCUGUUGAACAGGUCAGCAACUUUGUUUAUCUUGGUGCCAACAUCAGUGGGGAUGGUACCAUUGACCGAGAUCUUGACAUCAGGAUCCAGCGUGCUAAUGGUGCGUUUCAUCAGCUUUGGAAGAUAUGGAACAGUCGAACUAUAAGAACGCCCACCAAGAUCCGUAUCUACAAGGCUGCUGUUAUUACUAUUCUGUUAUAUGGAGCUGAAGUGUGGAACACAACAAAGAAGCAGAUGAAACGGUUUGAGGUCUUCCAUCUGACCUCCCUGAGAAGAAUCUUGAAGAUAAAAUGGUUCUUCCAUGUCUCCAAUGAAGAAGUUCUCAGGCGUGCUGGAAUUAAGUCUAUCGAAACUUUCAUCGGUGCGGAUAGACUAAGGUGA